UAUCCAAUACUCGAAACUCGACUGUUGUUCAAGACGCCGACCUGUUGCAACUACCCGCUCGAAAACUCACAUAUGACUGUUCGACGCAGUGAAAGACCACCCCGACCAAUAAUUCGAUAUCCACCUGUGCUUCCUCCCUCCAAGUCACGGAAUUCGAGUCGUCGAGGUAAAAACUCGACCAAUCAGCAGCAAGACCCUGAGUCCCCUGCACCUCCCGAUAAAAGUGAAUCACAAACAAAUGCUGGAAAACAAACUGGAAAUCGCGGGCUUUCCUCGAAGCCUACCAAGCGUCGGCGUAUGGACUCCGCCUCUGGCAGUGAACAUCAAGAACCCUCUACCUCUCUCGAGAUCCUAGCGCAAGUUGCUGUACCAUCAGGUUCCGCAAAUGGCGACGACGGCCAUGUCUACAAUAGACAGCAUAGUACUCAUCUCGCACGGAUGCCUAUCGGCUGGAUGCAUGCUACGGAUUUCAACCACGCAUCCCAAGAUCCUUUGGCUAGACCCGACUUCAUACCUAUCUCGAACAGGGCAUCAGCGUAUCCUAUUCACAUUUCCCCACCAACCACUGAUACUUCGAUUCGCGAUGGCCUUAACCUCAGCACCCACGUCUCCCGUCUCCCUGCAGGGCAAGUCAGCCCGAUCGUAACAGAUCAUACUACAGCAACUUUAUCUUCGCUUCUCGAGCAGCUUCGCGUUACACCCAACUUCAAAGUGGGAUUUUCGAGUCCUAUCGACUACCAAGCCCAUUGGACCAAGAGAGAGGCUCGUGGGGUGCCCCUGCUUCGAUCCACUUUUGUUGUGCUCGUAUAUGUAACGCGAAAGAAUGGUCAUCAAGAAGAUCUUAUUCUCGAAGUUAGCCCCAACCCCUUUCCUGAUCUCAACUCUGUUUUCGUUGAAGACCUCUUGGACCAGAUUCUUCUAGAGAGAGAGGAACUGACGCGGACUUGGCAUACCCCCUGGGGUUAUAUCAUAGGAACCUCAGAUCGAUUACAGGAUUUCACGAACGAUACGCCGUACCUUCGUGUCCUUGGGCAUUCUCAAAGCUUGACUCAGCAUUCUCCUCCAUUUCCCGAAACAAGCAAAUUGACAUGUAUACCUCUUGCGUGGUCAAACGACGCGGGCUUCAUAGUUCAUCUGAAGGAAGAUGACUGGACGAUCCCAAAUGCAAAUGGCCUUGCUGAACUUCCGUCAAGUCCAGUCCCCAACUUGGAAGUCCCAAACUCGGAUUUCAAACUCCACUUGGAUGUGGACUUGGAUGGCGACUUGGACUUGGAUGGCGACUCGGACUUGGAUGGCGACUGGAACUACUCAGACACAAAUUCGAACAAUUUUUUCGCUCUUGACGAAAGAAGCCGAUACAUUGAUCCUGGGCGCUAUACUCCGAAUACUCGUUCGAGUACUCCGUCGAAUGACUCAUUGGCCGCUUUUUUCAAUUCUUUGUUGCUCGACUUGCAUCCUCUCGAAGCGAUCACCGAGAAAGCAUGCGGCACGGGCUAUAAACAGUGUCAGACUGUCAUGGCUGUCAAAUUGUUGGCCACCUCGAUAGGCUUUCAGUGGCCAGUGAAGGGUGUGGUGGCAACAACUGAACUCAAGGGGCGAGAGAUCGAGUUACGUCAAUUCAUUGAGUGGCUGGCAUCUCAGAUCUCCGGGUUUGGCAGUGCUGUGAGCUUCAAAAACUUGGUGACGUUGCACAAGGGUGUGGUGGAAGCCCACGACCGCCUCUCCCUCAUGGAUCCGGCGGAGAUGUCGCCCCAGCAAAAUGAGGAUCUCGAUGCGUUGCAAUGGCUUGGGCUUGUGAGCUUCACCGUUCUGGAUGAGCAAGUGGCACAUGGGGUUCGGGCGCCUUCGGCAGUCCUCUUUACCAAAGUUGAUAUUGGUGAUUUGAUCAAAAGAAACUCCGACUGA